AUGAAUAAGAAGAAAAUCACACCAAAACCGUUGAUGCUUGGUAUCGAUCAAAUUGCUAGAUUGGCUGCGGAAGAAGCGAAAAAAGAGCAGAAUCGAAUUGAUGGAGGUUUCGGUCUUACUGGUGGACGACGGCCGCCGCUCGCUUCGUCAUCGUCUAAAGAGAAAGUAAGCUGCUUUUGAAA